UCCAUGGUUUCUGCCCUCCUAAAGAGCCUGAUCUCAUCUUACAUAUAUAAGAUCCGCAAAGGAAUGUUUACAAAGAAAUCGGGAAAUAGUACAAAAAGGAAAGAGAGUUGUCAGAGCAAAAAGGAACAAGACUUUACUCAGACUGGACAUACAAAGAAUCCAAAAUUUUCAAAUACUUUAAAAAGCACCGUUAAAAAGAUUGCCAAGUGCCCAUCUGCUCGCAACUUAUCAACUGAAGAACAGGAAAGCAAUAGAGAAUUUUCCCUUUCGCCAACAUUCAGUUACAGAGUUGCUAUUGCCAAUGGACUGCAAAGGCAUGUUUUGGUAGCACGCACUGAUAAUGAAGAUAUAGUUCAAGACCUGUCUUCAAAUGAUAGCUCGUGUUCUGACUCUUUAAGUGAAAUAAAAAGUAAUAGCAAGAAGAACGAAUACUCAUCCCACACGAUGCCUGUGAGACGCAACAGGAAAAGCUUGAGCAGCCUCGCACCGUCCGAUGGAAGUUCAGACGGGGAACGCACUUUGCACACACUGAAACUGGGAGCUUUAAGAAAACUGAGGAAAUGGAAAAAGAGCCAAGAAUGUGUCUCAUCGGACUCUGAACUAAGUACAUGGAAGAAAACAUGGGGAUUAAGAAGUAAAUCUCUGGACAGAACUGGACGUCACCAGAAAUCAAAUACUCUUGAACCUGGCUUUAGUUCGACAGGUUGUAUUAGUCAAACCCAUGAUGUUAUGGAAAUGAUCUUUAAAGAGCUUCAGGGAAUAAGUCAAAUUGAAACAGAACUCUCUGAAUUAAGAGGGCACGUUAAUGCUCUGAAACAAUCCAUUGAUGAAAUUUCCAGCAGUGUCGAAGUUGUGCAAAAUGAAAUCGAACAGUUGCGAACUGGGUUUGUACAGUCCAGAAGAGAAACCCGGGACAUCCAUGACUACAUUAAGCAGAUAGGCCAUCCAGGAAACAAAGCAAGUCUUAGGUUUCUAAACGUGCCUGAAGAGAGACUGGAAAAAACUGAAAGCAUAGUUUACAAAAUACUGAUAGAUAAAAUGGGCUUCUCAGAGGCACAAAGCACUAUUAAAAUUGAAUUUGCCCAAAGAUUAGGGCAACAAAGAGACUGUCCAAAUGCAAAGCCAAGACCCAUUCUUGUUUACUUUGAGUCGUCACAACAGAGAGAUUUGAUUUUAAAAAAGUCUUAUAAACUUAAGGGAACUGGCAUUGGAAUUUCUACAGAUAUAUUUUCCCAUGACAUAAAAGACAAAAAAGAAAGAGGACUACCUUCUUCUCAGACAUAUGAAAGUAUGGAUAUGAAACUUUUAACUGUGGAGACAAAAUCUAAAAUGCAUGACUGGGAGUCACCUGACAGUGAUAAAGACUUGGAAUCAGAUAUAAAUAAGAACAGUUAUGCAAAGAUAUCUAAAUCAGCAUUUCAAAUAAAAACAAGCACUACAAAGGGGAUUACUGAGUCCCCAAACACUAAAGACCUUAAAAGAACUGCUGACAAUGGCACCUUUUCAAAUAGAAGUUAUGGCAAUCAGUCACCAGAAUUUGACAAUCUGGAGAAACAAUCAAAGGCCUAUUAUUCAGACAUGACUCCUUUGUGGCACUUACAGAAUGACUUUGCAACACCAAAGCUCAGCCGUUCAGAGUCGGAUUUCUCAAAAUUGUGUCAGUCUUACUCUGAGGAUUUUUCAGAAAACCAGUAUUUUAACAGAACAAAUGGCAGUUCGCUAUUGUCUUCCUCUGAUCGAGAACUUUGGCAACGAAGGCAAGAUGAUUCUACAAACUGGUAUGGCAGCUCCCAGGAACAGACUUUUGUCCAAGACAUGGAACAGCAUCCGGAGCAAAACGAAAUAGGAAACAUAGAAACUGUUGAUAGUGGAGUAAGCAAUGGAAUGAUCUGUGCAUCUGGAGACAGAAACCACUAUAGUGAUACUCAGCUUGCUUUACAUGAUGAUCUUUCCCCGUGGAAAGACUGGAAUCAGUUGGAACAAGGGGCAGAUUUGGGCCUAGACACAUCCACACAGGAAGUUUUUGUGUAUGAUAUGAGCAGCCCUUCAGAUCAACAGACGGAUUUUGGAAAGGGCCAAGGUUCUGACCUCCAGUAUGAUACUGAAAGCUAUGAUUUCACCCUAGAUGGUACUUCUCCAUCAUGUCCAGGCCUUGAUAGUGAAACACAAAGUCAGUGGACUGGUCAAUAUGAUGAUUAUCAGGAUACAAAUUCUAUGUCCUCUUAUCAGAAUCAAAACAGAUUGCCUAUGAUGUACCGAAGUCAGAGUGAACUACCAAGUGAUGAUUCAGAAGAAACAGCCCCUAAAUCGUGGCAUAGCCGGUUGAGCAUAGACCUUUCUGAUAAGGCUUUCAGCUUUCCUAAAUUUGGAUCUACACUUCAACGUGCUAAGUCAGCUUUAGAAGUAGUCUGGAAUAAAAGCACACAAAGUUUAAGUGGAUACGAAGACAGUGGAUCAUCUUUUAUGGGAAGGUUUAGAACUUUAUCUCAGUCUACUGCAAACGAGUCAAGUACAACACUCGAUUCUGAUGUUUAUGCUGAGCCUUAUUGCUACAAAGCUGAGUAUGAGGAAGACUUAAUUGAACCAUCUGGGGAGAAUGAAACAGACUAUGUAGAAGUAAUGGAACAGGUGCUUGCUAAACUAGAAAACAGAACUAAUAGUAGUGAAACUAGUGAGCAAGUCCAAGAAUAUGAACUGGAGCAGUCUUUGUAUGAAACUCCGUAUGCAAUGCUGCCAGAGGAGCAAUAUGACACACAGUUUGACAGCGUGAUCAGUGAAGAGAUAUUGGAAGUUGAAAGUGAUGUGGUUCCUGAGGUAGAAAUAAGAGAAGAUGAAAAUCAGAAUGUCCCAGAGACAGUUAUUGAAAUUCCAAAGAAAAAAAGAAUACGGCCAUCAUUCAAAGAAGCUGCUUUAAAAGCAUACAAGAAACAAAUGAAUGAUUUGGAAGAGAAGAUUCUUGCUGGAGAUAGCGGUUCUGUGGAUGAAAAGGCUCGGUUAGUAAGUGGAAGUUCCUUGGAUGCUUCCAAGCUUUAUGCAGUCCAGGCAUUUACUGGUGGACUGUAUGGCAUUGACAGCAUGCCAGACCUGCGCAGGAAGAAAUCUUUUCCCAUUGUUCGAGAUGUGGCUAUGACACUUGCAGCUCGAAAGUCUGGUAUUUCCAUGGCCAUGCUCACCCGGACCUCCAUAAACACUGAGGAAAUGAAAAUACACGUCUUCAAGAAGACAUUGCAGGCUUUGAUCUAUCCUAUAUCAUCAACCACACCUCAUAACUUUGAAAUUUGGACAGCUACAACUCCCACAUACUGUUAUGAAUGUGAAGGUCUACUUUGGGGCAUUGCCAGACAAGGCAUGAGGUGCACUGAAUGUGGUGUCAAAUGCCAUGAGAAGUGCCAAGACCUCCUGAAUGCUGACUGUUUGCAGAGAGCAGCUGAAAAAAGUUCCAAACAUGGUGCAGAAGACAAAACACAGAAUAUUAUUAGUGCUAUGAAGGAAAGAAUGAAGAUUAGAGAGAAAAAUAGACCAGAGGUGUUUGAAGUGAUCCAGGAAAUGUUUAAUAUUUCCAAAGAAGAUUUUGUACAAUAUACAAAAGCAGCAAAACAAAGUGUUUUGGAUGGAACAUCCAAAUGGUCAGCAAAAAUAACCAUCACAGUUCUUUGUGCUCAGGGCUUGCAGGCUAAGGACAAAACUGGCUCAAGUGACCCAUACGUUACUGUGCAAGUUGGCAAAAACAAACGGAGAACAAAAACUAUUUUUGGAAACUUAAAUCCCGUAUGGGAUGAAAAAUUCUACUUUGAAUGCCAUAAUUCUACAGAUAGAAUAAAAGUGAGAGUAUGGGAUGAAGAUGAUGACAUCAAGUCUAGAGUAAAGCAACAUUUCAAAAAAGAAUCAGAUGACUUCCUGGGGCAAACAAUCAUUGAAGUAAGAACACUGAGUGGAGAAAUGGAUGUAUGGUAUAAUUUAGAAAAGCGAACAGAUAAAUCAGCUGUCUCUGGUGCCAUUAGACUGAAAAUCAAUGUUGAAAUAGAAGGAGAGGAGAAAGUUGCUCCCUAUCAUGUGCAAUACACCUGUCUACAUGAGAAUCUGUUCCAUUACUUGACGGAAGUUAAAUCUAACGGGGUUGUGAAAAUCCCUGAGGUGAAAGGCGAUGAGGCCUGGAAGGUGUACUUUGAUGAUGCUGCACAAGAAAUCGUGGAUGAAUUUGCAAUGCGCUAUGGAAUUGAAUAUAUUUAUCAGGCUAUGACGCACUUUUCCUGUCUAUCUUCUAAAUAUAUGUGCCCUGGUGUUCCAGCAGUUAUGAGCACAUUGUUGGCCAAUAUAAAUGCUUUCUAUGCUCAUACCACAGCAGCAACUAAUGUAUCUGCCUCAGAUCGCUUUGCUGCUACUAACUUUGGGAGAGAAAAGUUCAUAAAACUGCUGGAUCAACUGCACAAUUCUCUGAGGAUUGAUUUAUCCAAAUACAGGGAUAAUUUUCCUGCCAGCAAUUCUGAAAGACUCCAGGAUCUUAAAUCAACCGUGGACCUGCUUACCAGCAUUACUUUUUUUCGGAUGAAGGUCCUGGAAUUGCAGAGCCCACCUCGAGCCAGUACUGUGGUGAAAGACUGUGUAAGAGCCUGCCUGGACUCAACUUAUAAAUACAUUUUUGACAAUUGCUACGAUCUCUACUCCCAAUUAGUGGAUCAGAGUAAGAAACAAGAAGUUCCUAAAGAAGAACAGGGACCAACAACAAAGAAUUUGGAUUUCUGGGCACAGCUUAUUACUCUGAUGGUCACCAUUAUAGAUGAAGAUAAAACAGCAUAUACACCAGUCUUGAACCAGUUCCCUCAAGAGCUGAACAUGGGGAAAAUCAGUGCUGAAAUCAUGUGGACUCUGUUUGCCCAGGAUAUGAAAUAUGCUCUGGAAGAACAUGAAAAGCAGCGGUUAUGCAAAAGCACAGAUUAUAUGAAUUUGCACUUCAAAGUGAAAUGGUUUUAUAAUGAAUAUGUGCGAGAACUCUCUGCUUUCAAGGAUGCAGUGCCUGAAUACUCUCUGUGGUUUGAACCAUUUGUCAUUCAGUGGCUGGAUGAAAAUGAAGAUGUCUCAAUGGAAUUUCUUCAUGGAGCACUAGAAAGAGACAAAAAAGAUGGGUUUCAGCAAACAUCAGAUCAUGCCCUCUUCUCAUGUUCUGUGGUUGAUGUCUUCACACAGCUCAAUCAAAGCUUUGAGAUUAUUAGGAAACUGGAGUGUCCUAAUCCAGAAGCACUAUCUCAUUUAAUGAGAAGAUUUGCAAAGACUAUCAACAAAGUGCUUCUUCAGUAUGCUGCAAUUAUUUCAAGUUACUUCAGCUCGUAUUGUGAUAAAGAAAACGUGGCCUGUAUCUUGAUGAACAACAUUCAACAAUUAAGAGUCCAGCUUGAGAAGAUGUUUGAGUCCAUGGGAGGAAAGGAGUUGGAUCCUGAAGCUAGUGUUGUUCUAAAAGAACUUCAGGUGAAACUUAGCAAUGUGCUGGAUGAACUCAGUGUAACAUAUGCUGCAAGUUUCCAAUUUGUUAUUGAAGAUUGUGUAAGACAGAUGAGCAAUGAACUGAACCAAAUGAGAGGCAAUGGGAAUGCAGCAGCCAACAAGAACAGUGCAGCCAUUGAUGCUGAGAUUGUGCUUCGGCCUCUCAUGGAUUUCCUGGACAAAACUUUAAGCAUCUCGGCAAAAAUCUGCGAGAAAACAGUUCUGAAACGGAUUUUGAAAGAGCUCUGGAAGUUGGUCUUAAACAAAAUAGAAAAACAAAUUGUGCUUCCACCACUGACAGACCAAACCGGGCCCCAGAUGAUAUUCAGUGCAGCCAAAGAUCUUGGACAACUGUCAAAACUCAAGGACCAUGUGAUUCGAGAGGAAGCCAAAAGCCUGACCCUGAGGCAAUGUGCAAUAAUGGAAGUAGCAUUGGUUACUAUAAAGCAAUACUUCCAUGCUGGAGGGAGUGGGCUGAAAAAGAAUUUCCUGGAAAAGAGCCCAGACCUACAGUCCCUCAAAUACGCUCUGAGCCUUUACACACAAACUACUGACGCCUUGAUAAAGAAGUUUAUAAACACUCAGACUUCUCAAACUCAAACUGCUAAUAAUUCUGUGGGUGAGAUAUCUAUACAGGUGGAUGUCUCCACACAUCCUGGAACUGGGGAGCAUAAAGUCACUGUAAAAGUUGUGGCAAUCAAUAAUCUAAACUGGCAAACAACAGCCAUGUUCCGGCCAUUUGUGGAGGUUUGCAUGUUAGGUCCUAAACUAAGUGACAAGAAAAGAAAACAUGGAACCAAGACAAAGAGCAACACCUGGUCACCAAAAUACAAUGAAACUUUUCAAUUCACGCUGAGUAACGAAGAUAAGCCAGGAGCCUACGAACUUCACCUCUCAGUGAAAGAUUACUGCUUUGCUCGGGAGGACCGAAUCAUCGGCAUGACGGUCAUUCAGCUGCAAAGCAUCGCCGAGAAAGGGAGCUGUGCCUCCUGGUACCCCCUGCUGAGAAACAUCUCUGUGGACGAGACUGGGCUCACCAUCCUUAGAAUACUUUCUCAGAGGAACAAUGAUGAAGUUGCUAAAGAGUUUGUAAGGCUUAAAACAGAAACAAGAUCUGCUGAAGAAACGGCCUAAAAUCCCCAAGUAAUGCAAGAUUGUCGCCGCCAGAACAUAGAUACAAUGCUGUUGUCUGAAUAGUGCAUGCAUGUGCAAAUCUGUGGGAAUGUUUAACUAACUAUGUUUUCAGUGUUUGCCAGUACUUAUGUACUAUAUUUGCAAGGUAUGUCAAGGAGCUGUAUAUCUUUUAUACAUAUUUUGGUCUUUGGUAAAGUAAUUGUUCCAAUGAAGUGCCAAAACUAAGAGUAAAUGUUUCAUCAUAUCUUUUGAAAUGCUGAUUUCACCUCAUCACAAUUCCUUUAUUUUUUAACAUUUAUUAAUAAAUAAUUAGUUUUUUUAAUUGAUUAAUAGAUUGUCUCUGUUAAAUUACUGUGUUGCUUAUUCUAAAUUAAGUUACCUCCUUUACCAUUAUUUUAAAAAUGAGGUACCUAGUUUUCUUCAAACUGUCAUUUUAUGCAAGCCUCAUUUUAGGUGUCUUACUGAUAACUUUUUCUAUCAUUACUACAGAUGCAGUUACUUAUAGAAAGUGUUUGUAAUUUUAUAAUUACCAAUAUAAAGUAAUGAUUUUUGCAUAAAAACUGAAAAAGGAUGGAAAUAUUUUAUGCUAAUCUCUUUUCCAACCUUUCAUAAAUAUCACUGUGAAGAAAUGCUGUUUAAGCAGGUCCUCAAGAAGCUGUGCUUACCAGAGUUUGUUACUGAUGUUUGAUAUCUUGAGAUAACUUUGUUCUUCAAAACUGCCAUGGUAAUAUCAUAUUUGUAUUAAAAGAGUAAGUCAGUAUCUGUAGAACAGACUGCUGUACAGUACAGUAUAUGUGCUUUUAAAAAGUCAUUUUUUAAAUGAUAUGGUACUGUACAAGGGUUGGUAGUUUGGGAUAUGUAAUGUUGGUUUGUGGUUUGUUUCUAGAAAUUGUUUAUGAAAAGAAAAGAUGCCGUGAGCAUUUUCACUCAGAGUUAUAACGUUGCUUUACAUACUUAGCUGUAACAUCAGUUAAGUGCUUUAUUUCUUUAAUUUUUUUUUAGAAAUGUUCAACAGUUUGUACUUAUGCAACAUUACUAUGUAUUGCACUAAAGCAAACUCUGUGUCCUGUAAAUAUAUUUAGUGAGGAAUUGUAAAAUAAAGUAUGCAGAAACUGC